UGGAAAAAAGGACAGGAAAUGCCACCGUGCUAAAUUUUCCGUAACAAAACUUAGAUAUUAUGUUAUGAUAACUAGAUAUGUUAAAUACCCGGUUACAAUUUUUCCUACAGAUUUAGUUUAAUGCGUCUUUUAAAUAACUAUUCUAAUUAUUCCAAUACAGAAUUAGAGUCAUCUUCUCUAUCCACACGAGAGACGACCGCACGUACAAUGUUUUCGUCCAGGAUCAGUACAACAGCACUUGUUACUGCCACGAACAGGGCGACGAUAACUUCCGCUAAAGCAAGCAYCACAUCGCAAGARAGAAGCUUCACAUCCUCUGUAAAAGURCCUGACACAUUGCCAUCCGUAAUUACAGAUAUUCUUACAACUGCUAAGGAUGACACAACUACUACUGUCCAGCCAACAACUGAGCAACCAAAAUUAAGAUUAACGUCAUCUUCAGAAUCCACAAGUAAGACAUCCACACACCGAGUGUUUUCGUCCAGGGCCAGUACAGCAACACUUGCUACUACCACAAACAGAUUGUCUAUAACAUCUGCUUUGGCAAGCGGCACUUCGAAAGAAAUAAGCUCCACCUCCUCACUUAAAGAGUCUGCCACAUUGUCAUUGUCAGUAGCAACAGAUAUUCCUGCAACUGACAAGCAAGCGACAACUAGCACUGUCCAACCAACAACUAAACAACCAGAAAAAAGUAAACAUACAUUAGUUGCUUUGCUAUCUAUUUGCAUACACCAAUGUGUAUGCCUUCCACCCACCCAGUUAGCCAUCCUGUAAUGUGAUCAAUCUAAUUAAUCCAUCAUCAAGC